AAUGAUGUAGUUAUUAUUUUUGGGAUAUGCUAUGAUUUAUAAUACUAUUGGAAAUAAAUGAAAUAUAAAAGAAAAUAAUCAAAUCCAUAAAAAGUUUUUAUAUUUAAAAUAAUAUGUAAGGAGCUCCAGUAAUAGUAGUGAAUGCUAACACGAAGAGAGAAUAAGGAAGAAAGGCAUAGUUGGGGAAUAUAUAAGCAGCAAAAGCAGUAUCAGAUAUAGUAUUAACUACUCUUGGUCCUCGUUCAAUGUUAAAAAUGUUAUUAGAUCCAAUGGGUGGAAUAGUGAUGACAAAUGAUGGGAAUGCAAUUUUAAGAGAGAUAGAUGUAUAACAUCCAGCAGCUAAGAGUAUGAUAGAGUUGGCAAGAGUAUUAUUAUUAAAUUAAAAUAAUAAAAGGCUUAAGAUGAAGAAGUAGGAGAUGGAACAACAUCAGUUAUAAUAUUGGCAGGAGAAAUGAUGAUUGCAGCUAGACCAUUUAUAGAAAAGAAUAUUCAUCCAACAGAAAUUGUUAAUGGCUAUUUCAAAGCAUUAGAAGAUUCAAUAAAAAUAUUAGAUGAAAUCGCAUUGUAGAUUGAUACGCAAUAAAAAGAAGAAGUUAUGAAAGCAUUGUAAUCUUGUAUUGGAACUAAAUUUGCAUUUAGAUGGGGAACAUUAAUUAGUGAUCUUUCAUUAUAAGCUACAAAAAUUGUUUUAAGAGGUGGAAAUAUUAAUAAAUUAAAUUUGGAAAUUAAAAGGUAUGCAAAAGUAGAGAAAAUUCCAGGAGGAGUUUUAGAAGAAUGUUGUGUACUUGAAGGUGUUAUGAUUAAUAAAGAUGUUACACAUCCAAGAAUGAGAAGAGAAAUUAAAAAUCCUAGAAUUAUUUUAUUAGAUUGUACAUUAGAAUACAAAAAGGGAGAAUCUAUGACUAAUAUGGAAAUGACUAAAGAAUCAGAUAUGACCGAUGCACUUUAAUAGGAAAUAAAUGAAGUAGCAUUUAUGUGUAAUGAUAUUUUAAAACAUAAACCUGAUAUUGUUAUAACUGAAAAAGGAGUCUCAGAUUUAGCAUAACAUUUCUUACUUAAAGCAAAUGUUUCUGUUAUAAGAAGAGUCAGAAAAACAGAUAAUACUAGAAUUGCAAGAGUUUCUGGUGCUACUAUUGUAAAUAGACCUGAAGAAUUAUAAGAAACAGAUGUUGGUACUUUAUGUGGAACAUUUGAAGUUAAAAAAAUAGGAGAUGAUUAUUUUGCUUUCUUUGUUGAUUGUUAGAAUCCUACUGCUUGUUCUAUUAUUUUAAGAGGAGCAUCAAAAGAUGUACUUAAUGAAAUGGUAAUUAUAUAUUCAAUUAAUUUUAUAGGAAAGAAAUUUGCAUGAUUGUUUGGCUGUUGCUAAAAAUAUUUAUUAAGAUCCAAAACUUUUACCUGGAGGAGGAGCUGUUGAAAUGGAAGUUAGUGCUAAAUUAUUAGAAAAAGCUAACAAAGUUGAAGGUUUAGGAUAAUUACCUUAUAAAGCAGGUAUGUAUUAAUCAAUUUAUAUAUUAUAGUUGCUUAUGCAUUAGAAAUUAUUCCAAGAACUCUUUCAGCUAAUUGUGGUGCUGAUACUGUUCGAAUUUUAACUGAAUUAAGAGCUAAACAUAGUGAAAAUGGAGGACUCUAUUAUGGAGUUGAUGGAAAUACUGGUAAAAUAGCAAAAAUGAAUGAAAUUAAUGUUUGGGAACCACUUUCAGUUAAAAAGUAAUUUAUAUUUGUAUAUAAUAUAUUUAGAUAAGUUUUUAAAACUGCCAUUGAAUCUGCUUGCAUGUUAUUAAGAAUUGAUGAUGUUGUUUCAGGAAUUAAAAAGAAAUAAUAAUAAUCAGGUAGAUAAGGAGGUGAAGAAGAACCACAAGAAACUUUUGGAGAUUAAAGAGAUGGUUGAUAUUGUG